UUUUCCAAAUUGAAUAGAAUUGAGAUUCAAAAGCAAAUACUAAUCAAAGAAUUAUUCAUCACUUUCUGGCGACGCUGGGACUAACAGCGAGUAGAGUAACACGUGAAAAUUUAAAUGAAGUUUCAGUCAAAAAGCAGCAUAAAAUUUACGCCAACUUACAAUAAUCACUGAGGUUUAAAAUUUUGUCUUCGUUGUUCAUUUGUAGAUAAUCUGUAUCUAGCUGUUAAACUCUUAUAAAAUUAUUACUAUUCAGAAUGAAGAGUAAUAUUUAGAAUAUAUAACAUCGUCAAAGAAAUGUAAAAAUGGCCGCUUCAGAGUUCCAAACUGUCAACGUACCGCACGUCAAAUUUUUAUCCCCAAGAGACAAAAAAAUUCCAGUUGAAACUUACAAUAUUUACAAUAACUACACACCCGGACCGAAAAAAGUUCGAAAUAUUUCGGAUCGUUCUCAGACUGAAUGGGGUUUCACAAAAGAUGGCAUGGUCGAGCUUCCGCGGGCUGACAUUUUGACUUCGAAAGGACGAUCCCGAAACCCUGUUACGAGUCAAAACUCGGAUCCGAGGUUGCACGCGAUAGUCGAGAAAGGGAACUGGCAUCGCAACCGAAACUCGACUCUAAGAUGGAACCAAGCGUCUAUGUUUUCCCAAAAGAAUAACCCAGAUUUAAACAGCAGAAAUGGGUAUACAGGGAAUGAGGUGAUUACGGUGUCUUUAUAUAGACAACCGUCCGCUUAUGAAGUUUCUCUAAGGAAAAAGGGAAUGUUGCCAAACGAGAGCUCGAGACCAGUCACUGGAUUUCCGAGAUACAGAGAACAGACGCCAAGAACACAUUCUGAAGUCUCGCAGCAAACGACAGGACAAACUUCAAUAGGGGUGAACACAGUUAGCGUUCAAGACAUCGACCCGAACUCACAGGCUUUUCCUUUUACCGUUUCAUCCCCGCCGGUAGCUCGAGAAAUAGCAAAAGCCAAACUCUUAUACACCGACGAAGCGUCAAAACGCCGAAGAGUCAAGCCCCGUCCCAAAACAUCCUCAAGCGCUAAUAUUUUUCGGAAAUCGAAUGAAAGCGACUCUGAAUUCAAUUUGAGCAAUAGAUUACGUAACACGGCAUAUCAUUGGUCGCCCUGUGGAAUGUUGUCAGAGGAAGAAAUGAGACGAGCUUAUUCGUCAGUAACAGGUGAAAAAAUUGCUCUGCAGUCGCGAGCGUCGUCCAGAGGCGCUUCGAGGACAGCGGGUCGUGCCGAUUUAGGAGACGGCGGUUUAGACGAUCCGCCGUUACACCGUAACUUGCGAACUCGAACUUUAAAAUCAGCUCCUUUGUCUUCGCUGUUGAAAAGGCAGAUCGUACCGACUUCUUAUACCAUAUAUGGAGAUGAAGCUGUCUACAAAAGUGAAUCUGGUUCUGGUCGGCCUCCUACAAGUGAAACUGAAAUACCCCAACAAGUUAAAGCCCCAUCGCAUGAUUCAGUCGAAGUAAAGUCUUCAUAAGCAGAAAUAAAAACGAAAAGCUCUUAUAUGAUAAAAUAUACGUUUGGUCGGCCGAGAUAUAUAUAAAAAAAAACAAAGAUUUUGAGUCAA